AUGGUGGGAUUCCGGGAAACCGAGGCACUACGCCGCAAUGUCCUCCCAGAUGGCCGCCCACUAUCCGCACACGAUCGGGAGAGGCUUUUGAGGCCAUAUCUACCGCCAACACCAGACUCGAAAUCACCGUCGAGAGCUCCAUCCUCGUCUGGGAAGCCGCAAAAGUCUUCCAGGUCAAAGCCUUCCAAGGGCUUCCUACGACAGUACCUCUACGUCCUAAUAUACACCGUCAUACACGCCCUCUUCUCAGCCUACAUACGUGUGCGAAGAGCUUAUCAUGCUAUUGUCGACCAUAUCUUCGCCGUUCUCUACUAUCACCACCGCACGCCGGAGCUUAUAAGGAAGGAUGUCAGCAACUUGAGUCGGCUGCCUCAGCACCUCAGCGUCAUACUUGAUUUCAAUGACGAUGAGCAGGAUGGCGGUGGUGGGCUCGAAGGGCUUGUCAAUGACGUUGGAGAGAUAGCUGCAUGGUGUGCUAGUGCUGGUAUACCAGUGGUCAGCAUCUACGAGAAGACAGGCGUGCUGAAGAGCUACAUCCCCCAAACCCACCGAAAUAUCUCCAGAACUCUAGAAUCUUACUUUGGCACGCUCAAGAAACCAUCCCUAUCUCUCCGUGCUCCGCAUCUUCCCACCUUCAGCCCUCCGGCAACGCCGCCCUCCGCUUUCGCGACAGCAUCCGAUUUCUCCACGUCGCCAUUUCACAUCACGGUCCUGCUUCUCAGCGCAGAGGACGGCCGUAGCACGCUGGUGGACCUCACCAAGACUCUUGCUGAGAUGUCGCAGCGCGGGAAGCUCUCGCCAGCUGAUAUCAGCGCUGAGUUGAUUGAUGCUGAGAUCAGCGAGAGCGUGAUGGGGGAGCCGGACUUGUUAGUGCUGUUUGGGCCGAGGGUGGAGCUGAAGGGGUAUCCGCCGUGGCAAGUUCGACUGACCGAGAUCUAUCAUGCACCAGACAAUGCAGGUGUGGGCUACCAGACCUUCCUCCGAGCACUACAUCGGUUUGCAAAGGCGAAGAUGCGGUUUGGGCGAUAG